UUAGUGAGGGUAGCCGCUUUGGUUUGACGAUUUUGUGCUUCAGUUUAGAAUAAGAUAACUUGUCGAUGUUUUUACUUGGGCACAAUUUUUGGCAACGCGUUCGCAGACAAGCAGGGGGCUCGUCUAUUUGUUGACACGUCGCUAAACUAGAUGGUCAUUCAUUUUUGAAGCUGCCUUGAGUUUGCUAGCUUGUUAGCUCGGUUAGCUAACUUGUUUACGCGUGCCGUCAGAGGGAAAGAAAACAUUCAGCUCUCAUGGCCGCCAGCUAUUGAAUUUAGCAGCGGUAAACUUGAGCGAGGAUCGACGUUCAAACUCGUGUGCAUCAUCCCAGUGUUUACUAAUAACUCGAGCUCUAUCAGUGAUUCCUCCUGGACCAGAGCUCAGCGUCUCAGAGACCAUGUCGGAGCUGUACAUCCGUGUAGCUGAGGAUGAAAACGAGGAGCCCAUGGAGAUCCCCUCGGAGGACGAUGGGACUGUUUUGCUGUCGUCGGUAGCAGCACAGUUUCCAGGGGCGUGUGGUCUGCGGUACAGGAACCCGGAGUCCCAGUGCAUGAGGGGAGUCCGGCUUGUGGAAGGUGUCCUGCAUGCACCGGAGAACGACUGGGGAAAUCUGGUUUACGUCGUCAAUUAUCCCAAAGAUAACAAAAGGAAGAUGGAUGAAAUAGAUGCUGCCUCAGCUGUGAAAGUCAAGAGGGGCUUUCAGAAGACAUCAGAUCUCAUUGUCCUCGGGCUGCCAUGGAAAACAACGGAACAAGACCUGAAAGAUUAUUUCAGUACUUUUGGGGAGGUCAUCAUGGUGCAGGUCAAGAGAGACGCAAAAACUGGCAACUCAAAAGGUUUUGGGUUUGUCCGGUUCACUGACUAUGAGACGCAAACCAAAGUCAUUGCUCAGAGACACAUGAUUGAUGGAAGAUGGUGUGAUUGCAAACUUCCAAACUCAAAGGCGUGUCCUGAUGAGCCAAUGCGGAGCCGUAAAAUCUUUGUUGGCCGUUGUACAGAGGACAUGACAACUGAUGACCUGAGGCAGUACUUCAUGCAGUAUGGUGAAGUCACUGAUGUCUUCAUCCCCAAACCUUUCCGGGCUUUUGCAUUUGUCACAUUUGCAGAUGACCAGGUUGCCCAAGCCCUAUGUGGAGAGGACUUGAUCAUCAAGGGUGUCAGCGUGCACAUCUCCAAUGCAGAGCCCAAACACAAUAAUAGUAGGCAAAUGAUGGAUCGUGGGCGGUUUGGGGCUGGUGGGUUCAGUCAGGGCUAUGGCAGUAAUCGUGGUGGGCUAGGCAGUGGUAGCAGUGGGGUUAACUUUGGGGCUCUCGGUCUUAACCCGGCAAUGGUGGCUGCUGCCCAGGCAGCUCUGCAGAGCAGUUGGGGAAUGAUGGGCAUGCUGGCUAACCAGCAGGGUCUGACCACAACGGCAGGCACAGCCACUACAACCCGAGACCAGACGUAUAGCUCUGCCAGCACCAGUUACAGCAGCCCUAGCUCAGCUAGCCUCGGCUGGGCUGCAGGCACUAACACCGCCUCAAACAGUGGCUUCAGCUCUGGCUUUGGCACAUCUAUGGAGUCUAAGUCUUCUAGUUGGGGAAUGUAGAUAGUUUCAAGUUGACCCUUUUUUUGCUAUUAGGCUAAUCUGGUAAGUAUACCUAUAGAGGGGAACUGCUUAUAUCUUUUUUCCAAUUAUUUAAAAAUACACUGCCUUUUAUUUUGUUAAAGAGAAAAUUUGUACUUGCAUGUGACUGAUGAUGUAGUCAUGCACUGAAUGGGUGAAAAGUUUAGUUUGUUAGAUGAAACUGCCACACUACCUUUUUUGUUUUUGAGAAAAUGUCACAGAGAUGAUUGUGCAUGCGAGAUAAGUAUUUAUAAACAUGCACGAGUAUCUCAAGAGCUCCUCAGCCCCUUGUAAAAUGGGUUUGAUAUAAUUAUAUAUCUGUAAGUUGUAUAUGUGCAUUUGAUUGCAUCUUUUUGUUUGUUUUUGUUUGAUAUCUUUUGGAAACGCCUUCAUGAAAAUCUCUUCUGCAGUUCACCAACUCUUUCCCAAUUUCCCGGGAGGAAGCGCCUCAUUGGCAGCAAUGUUCGACAGAUCUCAGUAUCAGUUCCCCUCUUCCCAUGUGUAAAUGCUUUGUCAUCAAAGAACACAGCUUCACUCUGCAUAUACUGUGUUAGACGGUGGGUGUUCUUUUUUCCUCUCCCCUUUUUAUGGAUAUAGAAAUCUUGUCUGCUCUUGUCGCUUUUCAAGAUCAAUGAGUGGGAUUUGUGUUGGACCGUGUGAGAGUGAGCGAACGGGAGCGUAAAAUGAAAGAAAGCAAGUGUGAGAAGGACUGUUUGUGCAAAGUUUUUUUUUUUUUUUUUUUUUUUUAAAAGAGACAAAUGCGAGAGUUGAGAAGAACCUGUGGCUUUGUGCGAGUGUGAGAGGAAGAAGCAAGUACGAGUGUGUUCCUAAUGGCCAUCAAAAGGACAUUUAUUGCGUCUCGAGAUCCUUAAGGUCUCUGCUUUUUCUCAUUGUUUUCUAUCAACCUUAAUUCUUUAAACACAGUGAAAUGUCAAGUGCAAUGAGUAUUUGUAUCCUUUCAUAGCUUUCUCUUGCUGUCUGAUUUGAUGUGAAUGCUGUGUCUGGUUGCGUGUUUUAUUUUCUCCUUGUUACCACCCUCUCUGUGUGAAAAUGUGACUUUGUGCUAGUGAAGUCUGUGUGGGGGGGGAAACACUGAAAGUGUGUUGAAGUUUGCAAGUGAGCUCAGAGGUUGAUGUGGUGAAUGUUUGACAAGUUCCCAUUGAAAGUUUGUGUUUGAAGUGGUUACGAAUGCAUUUUCUAUGUUUUGUGAAUCAAAGGGAAGUCUGAAAUAAAACUGAAUUUGACUAGGUAUAAUACCCUCUU